AUGAGCUCCUGCAGUCGAAGGGCUCUGAGCAUGCUCAACAUCACCCGACCGAUGGGCUUCGUGGAUAGAAGGUGGAGGAUGGGUAUCCCAGCGAAAAGCGUGUCUGCUCCAGCCGCACCAGAGUUGUUGUUGGGCGUGUCCUGCUGGAAGGGUCAGGAGGAGGAGGAGGAGAAGGAGGAAAAGAAGGAGGAGGAGGAGGAGAAGAAGAAGAAGAAGGAGAAGGAGAAGGAGAAGGAGAAGGAGAAGGAGGAGGUCAGGUUGACCUCGCUGUUGUCCAUUUGA